CUGGCUCAAAAGGUAAUUUCCAAACACUUCCAGACAUAAAAGGAGCCUCCUGAUACUCCAACCAGUACUCUCUCUGGCUGUUAACAUUGAGACCAAUCAUUCAUGAGGGGGAAACCCAUGUUGGCAUAAAACUGUGAGCCCUGACUUGUCUGGUGCAGUUCGACAUAAUUCUAGAACUUGGGUAGUAACUUGGAUGUUAUGUUUCUAACAGACAAAUGCUUUUCACAGCAUCCUCACUGGAUUCUUAAUGAAGGAUUGGUGUCCUGUUUAAGUAUGAAGCAUUUCCUUUCAAUAAACUACCUGCCCUCACCACAGAAGGGUCUGGUCUUUGCAGAUGUGUAAAAUAAAAAUAAUAAGGACAGAAUACAAAGCCAAUUAUAAACCUGCUCUGAAACCGGCCACACCCUCGACUUUGUGUCUAAAUAUGGAGUGACAGGAUUCUGGCUGCCCGACGGCCGCGACGUCACCGUCAUUUACGUCAUGACGUAAAAUACGAGGGCUUUCUCACACUGCCCUCUGUACAAGCCGUCACAUUCUUGGGUUUGCCGUCUUCUCGGACACACCUCAGCCGACACAAAAAUGUCUGACUUCUCGGAAGAUCAAAUCCUCGAGUUCAAGGAGGCAUUCCUGCUGUUUGACAGGACUGGAGAUGGCAAGAUCAGCUACAGUCAGUGUGGAGACGUUAUGCGGGCCCUGGGACAAAAUCCUGUCAAUGCUGAGGUGCUCAAAGUCCUGGGCAAUCCCAAGGCCGAGGAGAUGAACACCAAGAUGCUCGACUUUGAGCAGUUCCUGCCCAUGUUCCAGGCCAUUGCAAAGAACAAAGAUCAGGGCUCCAUGGAGGACUUUGUGGAGGGGCUUCGCGUCUUUGACAAGGAGGGCAAUGGCACAGUUAUGGGAGCAGAACUACGUCAUGUCCUCACCACACUAGGUGAGAAAAUGUCAGAGGAGGAAGUGGAGACGCUGUUGGCGGGACACGAAGAUGCAAAUGGUUGCAUCAAUUACGAAGAACUGGUCAGAAUGGUUAUGAGCGGAUGAAGAUGAAGAGCGUCCCUAUCAUGUUUUUUCUCUUUUGUUUGGGUUUUUUUGCCCUUUAGCUUUUCCAGUGGUCCCUGACUCUUUCCAUAAAUUUGCUCCACCAUUAUAAUUUAAGAAGUGCCUUUACAUCCCUUCCCAAAAACAUGUUAUAGGAUCUACUUGUAUUAAAUGAGUAUUCGCACUUGAAUUCUUUGCAAUUACAUUUCAGGAUGCAGCAUUUAAGACAAUUGAAGUUUAUACACUGCAACUGUUGAUACAAAUGUCAGUGCUGAAUAGGACAUUAAUAUAAACAUUAAACUGUAAGUAACCUGACGUAUAACUGGUUAGGAUUCGCUCUGGCUGAAUAGAAAUGUUCCUGAAUUAAAGAUAAAUCAGCAUAUCUAAAGCCAUACUAUCACGAGUUUGAAACAUUUCAAACAGGUUCUGAUGUAUUAUGCACCCCAGUUUUGUUGCUACAUCUAAAUAAAUGUUUUUUUUCCCCCAGAAAGUUUGUGAUUGGUUUAUUUUAGAAGGGUAAGGUGAGACCCUGUCAGCCAGGAUUCCUGUUCCAAUUCGUAGGUGUUACAUCGUGUAUGCCCACUAGAGGGCAGUGCUGCCAUUUCAA